AUGAAUUCCUCCAACUUCGAAACCAUUGAUUCCAUUAUCAUAGACUUGAACAACGAUCUCAAGGCCUGUUUCAAUAGAACUACGUACCACGGUUCCGCCCUUUGGCUGGAAAAUUCCGUGGAGAAAACACUUCCUUCAUUUGUUCUCCAAUUUGCCAUUAUCCUAGCACUCAACCGCUUUCUGCUCGUUCUUGCAGAACUAUACCAUGUACCUCGUAUUGUUGCCAAUAUUUUUACUGGUUUUCUGAUAGGUCCAUCUAUUCUGGGACGUUGGAAACCUUUUCUGCAACACCUAUUUCCUUUCAGCAACGUCAUACCAUUGGAGACGGUGGGAUCGGUGAUCCUUGUUUACUACCUGUUCUUGGUGGGCCUAGAGAUAGACUUGAAACCAAUAAUGAGGUUGCACAAAAAGGCCACAGUUAUAGCCAUUGCGGGCACAAUCUUCCCCAUACCGAUAGGGUUUGGCUUGUACUACAUGCUUGUCACCGACAUGGCCCGAAAACCUUUGUCCAGUGAAAACGUUAGACCAAAGGGUGCAAUAUUAUGGGGAAUCACCCUUUCUUGCAGCAGUGAGUUCCCUGAGAUUGCAAAGAUCCUUUCAGAUCUUAAGCUUCUCCUCACGGAGAAUGGACAACUGGCUCUCACAGCUUCUCUCAUCAACGACUUAGUUUCAUGGACCCUUCUUGUGUUGGUCCUAACACAAUUCUACCACGCUUCUGUGGCAUCAUUUAUCAUCACUUUGUUGAUUGUGAUAGUGUGUUUUGUGGCACUUAACCAUUUUUUCAAGUGGCUAUUCAACAAUGUGGGAACGGGGGAUAGAGAGUUCCUUGAUUCACAAGUCAUAUUCGUGCUGCAUGUGGUUUUGGUUAUUGGGUUGUUAACCGAUGGAUUGGGUGUGCUUUCCAUAACUGGGGCUUUCUUUUUGGGUGUUCUGAUCCCUCAGGGGGCGCUUAACAAUACCGUGGAGGACAAGGUUCAUGACUUUGUGGCUAUUUUCAUGAUGCCUUUGUUCUUUGUAGCUGUUGGAGAGAGGAUUAUAAUCCAAGACUUGGCCUUGGACACACAUUGCACAACUGUGGUGGCAGUGGUUGUGUUGGCCUUGUUGACGAAGAUGGUGUGCACUAUGGCGGUCGCUUGGUCCUACCAGAUGCCGCACAUGGAAGGAUUAUCCCUUGCCCUCCUCAUGAACACUAAAGGAAUCAUGCCAUUGAUCAUUCUCUGCGCCGGCAGGGACAGACGCGAACUGGACAACCAAACCUUUGGGGUGAUGCUGUUGGGCUGCUGGUUAAUGACAAUUCCUGUGGGACCUGUCUCAUCAGCUUUAAUAAAAGCCUUCAAAAGCAGAAUGGUUAUGGGAGGCCAACGCAGGAUGCAAGACACACAACCAGACUCACCCCUCAGACUACUUGCCUGCAUCCACACAAAGCGCGACGCCAAGGUGAUUAUAGACCUCUUAAAAGCGUCGUGUCCCUCUGUGAGAACCCCAAUCCAAGUUCUAGCAGUGGAACUGAGCAAAAUGACCAACCGCCCUGCCUCAUCACUCAUCAUAAGGGACGCUCGAAAACCAUCCUUCACAUCAAAGUCUUUGAAGAAAGACUCCGAAGACACCCUUGGAUGCUUCGACAAUCUCAGCCAAGCCAUCUUCGCAGAGAAAAUGAGAAUCAUCUCAGACUAUAACUCUAUGCACACGGACAUCCUGAACCUCGCAAGACGCAGAGGUGUGACACUUAUCCUAUCCACAUUCCACAAGCAACCAACCUACGAUGGUUUAGGAGCAGGUGCUGCAACUGCUAGAGCUGUCAACAUCAUCAACCGUGACCAUGCAAGAAAAGACGAGAAGAAAGUGGUGUCAGAGAAUCUAGUUAGAGACGCAUCGUGUUGUGUGGCCAUAUUUGUGGAUAGAGGGGUGAAUCACAAGCGUUCCAAGGAGCUACGUGUGGCUAUGUUCUACGUUGCUGGUGCUGAUGACCGUGAAGCGCUCUCUUAUGCAUGGAGAAUGACUAGGAGUUCUGAGGUGAAUUUAACGUUGGUGAGGCUUGUUUGGGAGAACCCUAAUGAUGAGUUUGACGAAGCGGACAAAGAGUUCAUCAAGGGGUUUAAGCAACAAAUGGGGGACUCGCCAAGGGUGAGGUAUUUGGAGAAGGUGGUGAGGGAUGAGAGGGAAACAGUUAAACUUUUGGACAAGAUAGGGAACAAAGGUUUUGAUUUGUAUGUGUUGGGAAGAGGGCAUGGGAGGAAGAUGUCAUUGGCACAAACGGUGGAUCCUGUGUUGGAGGAGCCUGUGUUAGGACCUCUUGGGGAUGCUUUGACGGAUUUGAACUCUGCAGCUAAGACCUCUAUUUUGAUAUUCCAAAGACAGGUUGAACAUGUUGAAGGGAGUGUGAGGUCUACAUCAUCUGCUUAUGAGAAAGUGUUUGAUGGCAUGGUGGAGCAGAAGUUAAUGUGCCCUCCACCGAGGUCUCCGGUGAUUUUAAGUCAGUUUGAUUGA